AUGGGUCAAGGUCAGAGCAGCGGCGAUAAGGAAGUGACCCUCCAACACAUCCAGGAACUCUACCGUAAGUUUGCGAGUGAAUGUCCGAGUGGAAACCUGCACCUACACGAAUUCAAGAGAAUCUUUGGGAUCAACAGCACCUCCACAGAAGAAGAGUCCGCGUACAUGGAAAACCUGUUUCGGUCCUUUGACACAAAUCAGGACGGUAACUUGGACUUCAUGGAGUACGUGGCGGCGGUGCAUCUGGUUCUUCGAGGGAAGCUGGAGGACAAACUGAGGUGGUCCUUUAAAGUUUAUGACAGAGACGGAAACGGCUGUUUGGACAGACAGGAAGUGAGACACAUUGUCAAAAUCAUCUACGCGAUAAAGAAGCACCAUGAUCCGAGCAUCGCGGGGAAUAUCGAAGAUAUUUGCGACCGAAUAUUUGAUCUGGUGGACAAGAACAACGACAGUCGGAUCUCUCUGGAGGAGUUCAUCGAGGGGGCAGAGAAGGACCCGUGGGUGAUGGAUCAGCUGAAGCUGGACAUCGGGCCCUGUGAUUGGUUCAUCGAACAGGUGGAGAAGAAACCCUGA